AUGGGUGGUAGGAAGAUGGGGAUCCAGUAUCUGUUGGGGAAGACAUGGUGGGCUUCUCCUCCUUCAUCGUACUAUUCUUCUCCGUGGCCGUGGGCUUCCUGCAGGCACCCGAGAACGCUGUCCUUCCGAGUCUGCGGCGGCACGGAGGAGAUCUGCGAGGCGGUGGUGUCGAGGGAGUCCUGGUUUGGCGACUCGUCGGAGGUUCUCGACUCGGACGGUGAGUUCUCCGCCGCUGCGGCGGCGGGGGUGGCGGGGGCGGCGGCGGAGGAGGCGGUGAUCCGGGCGCUGCAGUCGGAGCCCGCCGAGCGCCGCCUCUUCUUCGAGCCCGGCGAGGGGAGCUCCAUCUUGGAGGGCCUCGGUCAACGAGGGCUCCCCUUCGAGGAGAGCGUGGCGAUGGCCGUUGACUCCGAAGAUCCCUACUCGGACUUCCGGGUGUCCAUGGAGGAGAUGGUGGCGGCGCACGGGCAGAGGAGGGACUGGGCCUGGCUGGAGGAGCUCCUCGAGUGGUACCUCCAGGUCAACGGGAAGACCACCCAUCGCUUCAUUGUUGGGGCCUUCGUUGACCUCUUGCUGGACCUCUCCUACCCCUCCUCUGCCUCCUCAGUCUCCUCCUCCACCACCUCCUCCUCCUCUUCCCCUUCUCGUUCCAUUUCUUUCGACGUUGACGAGGAGGAGGAUGCUUACGAUCAGCAGGAGGAGACGACGAGUCUCCACCGUUGA